AAUCCAUCAAAAUGGACAUAUGUCAAAGACCUUAUUAUCUAGAUUCAUAUAUCUAUUUGGUAAAUAGCGGUCAUCUAUGCUAUGCGAUAAUUACGUGUCUUAGUGAUUUAGUCACACUUUACUCUUCUUGUGCUUUUUCAACGUUCCAAUUCCAACAGAGCUUCAACGAACGCGAGUACCAAUUCGCGGUUCGCCGGCAGACAGUUGAACGAAUUACUAUAUAAAUAUGGGACACAGUUCAAACAGCAAGAAGAAAUCUCCCAACAGCGACAAGUAUGCUUUGAUUCAAGAUAACUUCACUUCCCUCGAACAGGUUAUUGCUGCCCUGGGGAAAUAUGGUUUAGAAUCAUCAAAUCUCAUCCUUGGAAUUGAUUUCACAAAGAGUAAUGAAUGGACAGGCCAAAACUCAUUCAAUAGGAGAAGCCUUCAUGCAAUUGGAAAUACACCCAACCCCUAUGAGAAGGCCAUCUCAAUUGUUGGCAAGACUUUGGCUCCCUUUGGUCAUGAUAACUUGAUUCCAUGCUUUGGCUUUGGUGAUUUUACCACACAUGAUCAAGAAGUAUUCAGCUUUCAUAGUGAUCAUUCACCUUGCCAUGGCUUUGAGGAAGUUUUGGCUUGCUACAAAAAAAUUGUUCCAAACUUGAAACUCUCAGGACCAACUUCUUAUGCUCCUGUGAUUGAAGCUGCCAUAGACAUAGUUGAGAAAAGUCAUGGCCAAUUCCACGUGUUGGUUAUCAUUGCAGAUGGUCAGGUAACAAGAAGUGUAGAUUAUGAUGAUAAGGAACUCAGUCCCCAAGAAGAGAAAACAAUCAAAGCAAUUGCUGAAGCAAGUAAAUAUCCACUUGCUAUAGUCCUGGUUGGAGUUGGCGAUGGACCAUGGGAAGACAUGGAAAAGUUUGAUGACAAAAUUCCAGCACGCGAUUUUGAUAAUUUUCAGUUUGUUAAUUUCACGGAGAUCAUGUCUAAAUCCACAAGCCCCGACGAGAAAGAAGCAGCUUUUGCACUGGCUGCUCUCAUGGAGAUUCCCUUCCAAUACAAGGCAUGUGUUGAAUUUCAAAAACUUGGACGUGUAAGAGGAAGAGCAAGUAGAAUAGUUCCUAAACCUUCACCUGUUGAGCCAGCAGCAACCACAGAUGCGCAAAAUUAAUCUACUUGUAGAUUGUAGAUCAAGGUUAUUUCUCUAUAUGUAGAGUGCGGAUUACUAGUCGAAAUUGUCUCUUACAAAGUAAUGAAAAAUUCAAUUUCAUGGCACAAUUAAGCUAUGAUCCCAAUUUUUCCAGUUAAGUAAUAUGUGUUUGAAUUGUAGUUUAAAUUUUGACUAGUAAGAUUCACUAUUUUACUGGAUCCAUGGCUCUCCUCUAAGUAAUUAUUUAUUGUUAUUUUUCAUUCGCAUGAAAAAAUAUUAGAUUCGCUAUUGUUUCUAAAUGAUGAUGUUUGAGAAAAUCUAUAUAUUGUUGCAAUUGAGACUAAUCUAAAUUUAUUGAGAGCAA